AUGCCUCCAUCCCGCUCCAACAUUCUGUCGUGGCUCGCCACGGUGCCAUCAGAUGAAGAGCAGCAACGUCGAGGACCGCCGUCCCCGGGCCCCCCGGCCACACGGCAGCUUCCCCUUCCCGACCCGCUUCCUCUCCUUGCGGGUCCCACAUACGCAAGCACAAGCGAGAGCACAAACCAUGUCUUUCAGGGCACCAGCUUCGGUAUUCCUACAAGACCAUCUCCGGCCCUCGGACGACUUAUCAGCCGCAUCCAUGACUUUGCUGACGGUCUCGGCGUUAUCGCCCGCUCAGAAGAGCGCUACGAGGGUCAAUGGAAUAACUUCGUCCGCUGCCCUCUGCUCUGCAUGGCUCUUGGUCAUUCUCGCGUCAUUGGUGUCAGUAACUGCUACAAGAAGCGCCAUAAUCUCCUGUCUACACUGAAUGUUUUUCUUUUCCUCUUAGAAGCAUCAGCAUCACGGCCUCGCCAGAACUCCGAUUGGAUGCAGGCAAGGAAGAUGGAACAUGUGGCAGUUCUGGUUGCAGCACCAUCGCUGCCUUUGACACGAUCUCUUGACCUGGCCCUUUCGGGCAUCUACUGCGGCAUUUCGGUCUCUGCUAAGGUGGACGAGCUCGAGUGCAUGAGAUUGUGUCUCGUCAACGGAGCCGAGGGCCCGAAUACGGAUCAGUUGAUGGUCGCGGUUGUCCAGAGAGGCUAG